AAUAAAAACAGCAGCGGCGGCAGAGAGCGAUGCGAUAGAGAUAGACAGAGCGAGCGAGGGAUGAUCCGCCCCUUCUCCCCCCUCACCGCCAUGCCGUCCUCCUCCUCCGCCCCUUCCCCUAAGCCAAAGCGAAACCCUAAUCCUAACUCUAAUUCUCCAAACCCUAAUUCCGGCUCCCUUCCGCCGUGCAAGCACUCGCCGGCGGCCACCCUCGACCUCCUCAUACUCCUCCUUGUCCUCUUCUCUUGCGCCUUUCUCAUCAUCUCUUCGCUCGCCCACCUCGUCCGCACCCUCUCCACCGUCCUCCCCCCACUCCUCCGCCCCCUCGCCGCCUCCUUCCACGAUGCCCCCCUCCCCUACCUUGCCGCCAUCAUCGUUCUUCUCCUCAUCGGCGCCACCGUCGCUGCGGCCGAGCUCUCCGGCGCCGCCCGGCCCUGGGAUUGGCCCUUCUGGCCCCGCCGCCGCUGCGGCAAUCCCCGCUGCCGUGGCCUCCGCAAGGCCCUGGAGUUCGACGUCCAGCUCCAGACCGAGGAUGCCCUCCGCUCCCCACCUGACGCCGCCGCAGCCUCCAUGUGGAAGGAGAUCGACGGCCUCCCCUGGAAGGGAGGCCAGCAGGGGAACAACCCCGACUACGAGUGCCUCCGCGCCGAGCUCCGCCGGAUGGCGCCCCCCAACGGCCGAGCUGUGCUGCUCUUCCGCUCGCGAUGCGGGUGCCCUGUCGCCAAGCUUGAGGGUUGGGGCCCCAAGCGGAGCCGCCGCCAGAAAAAGGGCUGCACUGGACCAUUCUUUGUACUAAAACUGCAAAACCUGCUUAUAUUUGUAGCCACUCAUUGCUUGGUUCAAAGGCUACCAAGGGACUCAUGUAUCAUUGAAAAUAUGCAAGUCUUUUGUUUUUCUUGUGGCUUUUGUAAUGUUGGUUGCGCUUUCUGAUUUAAGAAUUUGCAGAACACAUCAACUCUUAAGCAUCUGUUUAUAUGUUGGUAGGUCUGCAAGAUAGAUCUUGACUGUCCCCAAUCAACAAACUCUUUAUGUGAACUCUGUUUUUUUAAUUUAUUUCUGACUCAACUUUUGUCUCAUCAAUCUUAGGAUAUAAUAUGAAUAAUCUAGGUUGUUGCUAGGUAUCAAUUCUUGUAAUAUGAAUAAUCUUGGUUGUAGACUUUAGCAUUCACAUUGCCUUGAUGCAACCUAUGAAGCUUGACGAAGAACAAUUGUUAAUAAUUUAUUAGGAGAAAUCAACUUCUAGAUAAUUUGAUUCAAAGAAGGAUCACCAUUUCGGUCAAUUUUUUACUUUUCUAUUUGGUAAAGUUCUUGAAUGCAUUUUUGGAAUGUGGAAGUUAGGAAAUGAGAUUGCUGAGUCUGUACAUGAUUUCAUGUCUUGGUUGAAACUCUGAAAUCUAAACAAACAAUUUUGAGUAUCUGUUGGAACUGAUUCCGAAUGAAAUCUAAUUUUGAGUUUUAAACAGAACUUAUGAGGCCAAGUAUUA